AUGAAUGUUUAUCAUAUUGAAACACGUAAUCAAUUUAAUACUGUUUUAGCUUCUUUACAUGAACAUGUAUUUUCAUGUUCAAAUGGUCUUGGUACAAAAUUAUCUUGGAAUGAACAAUAUUUAAUUGAAUCAUUAUCUGAUUCAACUAUUUAUAUGGCUUAUUAUACAAUAUCUCAUUUAUUACAAGCACGAGAUUCAUUUAAUGGAAAACAAUUAGAUUUAAAAAAAAGAUUUUUGUUUCUAAUUAAAUAUUGGUUUUUGUUUUGUUCAGGUCCAGCAAAUAUUCAUCCAUCACAAUUAGCAAAUGAAGUAUGGGAUUAUAUAUUUUUUCCAGAAAAAUCUUAUUCAUUAUCAUCAACUGAUAUAUCUCAUUCAACACUUGAUCAUCUUCGAAAUGAAUUUCAAUAUUGGUAUCCAAUUAACUUAUAUUCAAGUGAAAAAGAUUUAACAUCAAAUCAUCUUAUUUAUUCAUUAUGUAAUCAUACAGCCAUAUGGACAAAUCAUCCAGAAUAUUGGCCACGUUCAUUUCGUAUUAAUGGAAAUUUAUUAUUAAAUUCAAAUACAAUAUCUAAAUCAGCAGGAAAUUUUAUAACAUUAUUAGAAGCUAUUGAAAAAUUUUCAGCUGAUGGUAUACGUUUAGUAUUAGCUAAUGCUGGUGAUGAUUCAAUUGAAAAUGCUAAUUUUGACGAAAACAAAGCUAAAGAACUACUUUUAUAUCUUUAUACAUUUAUUGAAUGGAUUUAA